GCCCGCGCACCGCGCUGCCGCCCGAGCGCCUGCGGCCUCGCCGGCGCUCCCGCGGCGCAGGGGGCCUGCCGCUGGGACGGCGGCGUCGGGCGCCCUGGGCGCGAGGCCGUGGCCCCCGCGGAGCCCGAGGGUGCAGGCACUGCAGCAGCAGCAGCGGCGGGGCAGCGACAGCUCCUGCGGCAGCCCCGUGGCCGGGCCGGAGCGGCUCUGGGUGAAGCAGGCGGGCCGCCUGCACCGCCAGCAGGCGCGGCGGCGCAGGUCCGCCGAGGGCCGCCCCGCGCGGCGGCGGGGAGGCCUGGACGCCGGCUACGCGCUGCGGGAGCGGCUGGGCGGCGGGGGCUACAGCUCGGUGUCCCGGUGCACGCACCUGGCCAGCGGGGAGGAGCGGGCCCUGAAGAGCGUCGACAAGAGGAGGGUGCCGAGGGCGGGCGGGGCCCAGCAGGAGGUCGAGAUCAUGAGGUCCCUCGGCGAAGGCGGCGCACGCGCGCACGUGGUGAGGCUCUACGAGGCCUUCGAGGAUUCCAAGUGCGUCCACAUCUCGGCGCUCUGCCGGGGGGGUGAGCUCUCUCGGCACAUCGCCCACUCGGGCGGGCGCGGGCUGCCGGAGCGCCUCGCCGCCGCCCAAUGCGGCAGGCGGCCGCCGCCGUGGAGUUCCUGCACUCCCUAA